GGCGGAGUUUGCCUUGCCAUGGCGCUGGCGGAACUGGCUGCUCGCCUUAACUGCACGGAGUACAAGAAUUGGGUGAAGGCCGGCCAUAGCCUGCUGCUGCUGCGGACUGCCCUACAGCGUUAUGCCGGGGAGCAAGUCCACGUUUUCCAUCGCCAGCUCGUCGACCGCGAUGCAGCUCGUCUGGCCCCGUCAUCCGGCCGUGGCUGCGGAGGGAGCUGCACCCCUCGAGGCAGGCAGUUUCAGCCUGCUUGCUCCGUAUGCAAAGAAUGGAAGAAGGAGAUUUUGAAUCAUCACACGCACAGGAAUGGGGAGGUUAACUGGGGAAACUGCAGACCAUGGCUUUGGCCUUCUAAUUCAUGGGAGUUUGCAAAGGCAUAUAUGCCUCGUGGGAAAGCAGACAUUUCUGGACCAGACAAGUGUGAUGCAUCAGCACUGUUAAACCUUUUCAAUUUCUGUGAUCACUUCAGCAGCAUUGAUCGGACAAAAGUAAAAGAGGUGAUUAAGUGCCGCAAUGAACUAAUGCAUUCUUCAGAUAUGAAAGUCUCUUCUUCCUGGCUGGAAACAUUCGAAAAUCAUGUUCAGAACUUGUUAAAAGAAUUCCAACAUGUUCCAGAGGCUGAGGGAGCACGUACAAGGAUAAAGAAGCUUCUGUCAUCUGACUGGGCUGUUCACGUACCAGAGGAGGAUCAGCUUGAUGGACUGGAAGGUGAAAUGAGUCAGAGCCAGAUCAGUGAAAUAGAAGCAGUGUUGAUAAAAGAGAGACUUCAUGAGAUCAUCCUAGCAAUGGAAGUGCAAGGAAUGAUGUCAGACGAGGAUGUCAAUAAAAUACAGACUGUAAGGAACUUCUUAAAGCACAACCAUGAUCUUCAAAGAAACUUGGAAGCAGAAAUACAGAAUCUGGAAGUCAUGGUACAAUUGUACAGCCAAAAGCAAUCUACAAAAGAUACUCAAGAAGUGAACUGUGAACAAGAAAAAGAUGAAGGUUGUCCUUUACAAAAAAGGAAGCGUACACUGUGAAGAACUUGACUAUACUAUGAACAGUUCUAACAUAAGAAAAUCUUGCAACAGAGUGAUCUCUUAAAGUAUCCUGAGGGAUCAUGUAUAUUGAGACUUCAGAGGGCACAUUGUCAUUAACUUUGGAAACAUUCAGAACACCCUGCUGCUGUACAGUGGAUGCUUUUAGUUUAGCACUGUGUUCUCUGCACACUAAGGCAAUUGCUCACACUUCAUUUCUGUACAAACUGUUUGACACUCUGUGUUUCUAUCAGUAAUACUCAUCAGGACCAUCUGUGGAAAUCCCAGCAGAAUAGAGCAAUCCAUUUGUAAUCGUUCUUUCCUUAUUCUGCAUUAGACAAAGGAUUGUAAACAGACUGCUCGGCUAAUGGCAACAUGUUCUGCUUGUGCAGGAGGUUCUUCCAUUGGCAGAAUGCACCAUCCUUAGCUGAGCAGAAUGGUAGGUUAUAACCCAGUAUACUACAUAAAGCA